CCUCCUCCACUCAUCCAUCCCCAUCCCGCCGGUUUUCCUAAAAAAAAAAAUCCCCAUCCCGGCGGCCGGCGGAAGACAGCGUUCGAUCGACCCUCGACGUCGAGAGCAUGCAGCAGUCACGCGCAUGGUCGUCCCUUGCCCGGGGCUUAGCGCGCCGCCUCGCCGGGGGAGCGCCGUCAGCUCCGAUCUCCCCUCUCCAGUCCGCUGGAAUCUCCACCGGGUCAGCCUGCCUGCUUGCCCGCCAGGACGGAGGUUUUGUUCAUGGUGGGUUCAUGGAUUCCAUUCGUAUUGGUGGUGUUGUGAUACCUAACCACAAGAGGGUGGAGUACGCACUGCAAUCCAUCCAUGGCAUUGGCCGGGCACGCGCCCGUCAGAUCCUUUCAGAGCUCAAUUUGGAGAAGAAGGUCACUAAAGACCUCUCCAAGGAGGAGAUCCUCACCCUCCGUGAGGGGAUCGCAAAAUACAUGAUUGAAACAGACCUAAGACGGUUUAAGAGUGCGGCGGUCGAGAGAUUGGAAGGGAUUAGAUGCUACAGGGGCAUCCGGCACGCGGAUGCUCUCCCGGUACGUGGCCAGAGAACAAAGACCAAUGGCAGGACUCGCAAGGAAAAGAGGGCUUGAGUUGCCAACAUGUCGUCCGCGACCCUGCCAGCAAUAAUUAAUUAGUCAUGCUGCCAUUAUUUAGCUCCUUUUUUUGUUUUCUUUGUACUGCAUUACCGCGCUAUUGUUAAUCGACAGUUAAUCCAAAAGUGUAGUGAAUUCCUCCUAAAAACAUGGCAUAUUUUGCUUCAUCCA